GUUAUGAAAUUGAAGAAUAUAUUGCUCCUGUGAAUGUUUUAAUAUGUUCAAAAUGUUGUUCAAUAGGACAUUUCCGUCGUCGAUGUACUGAACAAGAUGAAACUUGUAAAUCCUGUGGUCAAUCUUUUAAAGAUUUAAAAAUGCAUCAUUGUUCAUCUAUUAUUAAAUGUAAACAUUGCAAUGGUGAUCAUCUAUCUAACUCUAUGAAAUGCCCUGCUGUUAAAACCUUUCGUGCUGAUCUUACAAAAAAAUUGAUGAACAUCAAUAAUAAUGUUACUUCAAAUUCUUCGUCUAUUGCAGCUGAUAUAGCUAAUAAUAACAAAUCUCAACAUAUUAAAAACGAUUUUCCUCGUGCAGCAGCUCCUUGGGCACCAUCUAGUAAUCCAAUGGAUUUAAAAUUAAAUACUCUUAUAUCAGGUCUUUCUCAGGUUAAUGAAACUUUAAGUAAAUUGUGUGUUACAAAUCAAGGUUUUCAACAAUUUAUGAUUGAAAAAAAUGAAAAUGAUAAAAGAAUUAAUAAUGAAAUUGAUGAUCUUAAAUCUAUUAAUAAUAAAAUGGAUCAAGAUGUAAUGGUAUUGAAUGAAAAGGUGAAUGAUUUGGACAAAUUGAUGAAAUCAAAUGAUGGUAUUUUUAAACAAUUUUUAUUUCCUAUGUUAGAUGAUAUUCUAAAAUUUAUUGAUACUAAGAAUGUGGGAAGAGGUGGUAAAACUGUUGAUCCUGAUUUAAAAAGUAAAAUUGAUCGUUUUCGUAAUCAAAUGUCCGAUGCGAUGGAUGAAACUGGAUGCAUUGAUUUAUAUGAUUAUAGACAAAUGUUUUGUGACUUUAAAAUGUUUCAACAAUCUGGUGAAAACAGUAAUGGUGGUAUUUUGAUUUUGGUUCGGAAUGGAAUUAUGGUAAAAAGAGUAGAAUGUAAGUUACCUAAUGUAUGUGUCAUUGAUGUUGAGUUAGAGGAAGAUCUCAGAAUAAUAGGUGUAUAUGCGCCUGAUAGUCGUUCAUGGAGUUGGGAGGAUCUAUCUCCUUUUGUUAAUGAUAAAAGUGUUGUAUAUGGAGAUUUCAAUGUAGAUUUAGAGCAAGAUGGUGUUAUAGCUGACAAUUUUUUGGAUUGGGCUGACUCAUUGUUUUUAUCUCCUUUUGUACCUGAUGAUCCUACUUCUCUUAGAUCUGAUAGAAAGAUUGAUUAUGCUUUUUCAAAUAUUAAUGGAAUUGAUAUUCAAACGCAUAAAAUGAAAACUACUAGUGACCAUAGUCCAGUAAUUUCAGUUCUACCUAUGAAAUGUAAGAAACAGGUUAACGGUAAAUCAAUUCAUUGGAAAGUUUAUAGUUUAUUUACAGAAUAUACAUUUCAAUUUUGGGAAAAGUGUUGGUGUUUUGAAAAUGUUGAUGUUUCCUAUAAUGAUUAUAUUCAAUUUCUUAGUCUUCUUACAGCCCGUUGUACAGUAAUUUUUCCGUUGAGCAAAUAUAGAAUUGCUAUUCCACCUUAUAUACGUUGCUCUAUGUCUUAUGUACGAGCUCUUUCUUUUCGUCAGAAGAGAACUAAAAGCUUAGAUUUAAAACGAGAAGUAUGUUACUUACGGAAAAUUAUUAAAAAUGAACUUAAAUUCUUUUUAUCCUCUCAACUGUCUUAUGCUCUGCAACUAAGACAUACAAGAUCUCCUAUAUCUGUCUCUUUUUGGUCAAAGGCUAAACGUUUUAUUAAACCAACUUCGUCCUCUCUUAAUGGUUUUAUUGUUUCUUCAGGUGCAAUUGUGAAUGAUUCUAUUGGAAUGUGUGAUAUAGCUGCUGAUUUUUAUGAAGAUUUUUUCAGAAGAUCUGAUAAUAUAGUUAGACCACAUCCUUAUGUUGAUGCACCAUUGCUAGAUUUUGAUAAUAAAGAUGAUCCUAUUCCUGAAGUAUCUUUAGAUGAAUUAUUACAGGAGGUUGAUAGUUUAAAAAAAAAGAAAUCUUUAGAUGCACAUGGUUUGAGUAAUUAUAUGUUCAAUUUCUUACAUUCAUCGCAUUGGUCAUUUCUUCUUCAUCUUUAUAAUCUUUCUUUUUCUUCAGCUAUUCUUCCUGUUGCAUGGAAAGAUACUAGAAUUUUACUUUUAGCUAAAAAAGAUUCAAUUUGUUCACCUGCAUUAACUCGUCCUAUAUCUUUAUUAGAUUGUUUUCAAAAAGUUGGUGAAAAAUUGUUUCUAUCUAGAUUUCGUGAUGUUCUUUAUAGAAGAGGUUUACUUCCUAACAAUCAAUCGGGGUUCCGUGAAGGAUUUAGUUCUCCAACGGUUACGUUAUUUGUUGAUUUCAAAAGUGCGUUUGAUAUGUUAUGGCAUGAAGGUUGUGUUGGGAAAUUUCGUAAAAUGGGCAUUCCACCAUCAUUCACUAAUUGGAUCAGAGCUUGGCUUGAGAAUCGUAGAGGAUUUAUUGAAAUUAAUAGUGUAAAAUCUAGAUGGUUUGGGAUAGAAAAAGGUGGUCCCCAAGGAAGUUCCCUUACUCCUACUGUUUUUAUAUCAUAUCAUGCUGAUAUGCCUGCUUUUCUUUCGUGGUCGUCGUCGCAUCUGUUUGCAGACGACUUGGCAGCUGUUGUUGCUGGUCAGAUAGGCUUGAAGUUUUCUAUUCAAUGUAUAGAUAUAGAGAAAAGACUCAAGUUAUUCUGUGAUCAACUUGAAUACUAUUGUAUUCUUACACUUCAGCCGAUAAACUAUACUAAAACUGAAGCUUUAUGGAGUACACGUGCUCCUUUUUCUCCUCAAUUUGAUAUUAUACUUGGUGGUCAUACAAUUAAGUGGACAAAAGAGUUUAAAUAUCUUGGAUAUUAUAUUACUCCUAGACACUUAUGGCAUUCAAUCAUGAAUAAUAGUCGAGUGAUUCCAUAUAAUAAUAAAACUGACUUUCAAAAACUAAUUCUGGACGAUGUAGUCAUGCAUAACGCUACUCAAAUUAUAAAAUAUAGUACAUACAACAAGGUUACUAUAUUACCACCUUUAUUUCAUCAAAUUUGGGUAAAAGUAACAGGCAAAACUGGUUUUCCUUUAUCUGAAAUCAAUAGUUGUAAAGUAUUACAUAGUGGUAUGACUACUGAACUUAUCGGUGAUAAGAUGCAUAAUGUCCAUUGGCAGUAUAAGCUAUGGAAUAAUACGGAUCUAGAAGAAUUAUUUAUGUUUAAUUCUACUGGAAACAAACCAAUUAUUUUUUCUACUAGUUCUGAUAAUAAUAAUUCACCAGCACAAUAUUUAAAACAAUUUAUUAUUAAGCAUCUUCGUACGUUUCAUAAUGCAUCUGAAAAAGACAAAAACUUUUAUGGUACGAUAAAUAUUUCAGAGAAACAAAAGUAUACGAAACUUGCAAAUAUAAUAUAUAAAAAGUUCCAGUUAAAACAAUCGAUACAAUCUCUAUCUUCUCAAAAUUCAAUUAAUAAAAGACUUUUAUUGAUGUUAACUGACCUAUUUCGAAUCUUUGUUCUAUUCAUAUUUGGAGGUAUUUAUGCAGAUGCUGACACUUAUUGUAUGAAAUCUUUUUAUCCUCUAUUGUCUAUACCACCUUAUUUAUACGUAAUUAACAAAAGUACGAGCAUAAACAAAAUACAUGACGAUGCUGGAGAAGUUUUUACCAAUUUUGCAGCAUAUGAAAGUGAAAAUCAACGUGGAAAAUUAAUUGGUUAUAGUAUUUUGGGUUCAAUUCCAAAUUCUGAAAUUCUCUUUCGACUGGAUACUUAUACGAAUGUGGCUAAAGAUAUUGAUCAAUGA